AUGGGCCACAUUGGCUCCACACACCUUGCUGCUUACGCCCUCGUCUUGACCGUGCUCUUCGGAUUUGUCCUUGGCAUUCAGCUAGGCAUGGUUGGUGGGGUGGGGACUCUAUGUGGGCAAGCAUAUGGCGCCAAGCAAUACGAGAAGCUUGGAAUUUAUCUUCAGCAAUCAUGCAUCAUCUUGCUCGUUGUCUGUAUACUGGUCACACCCCUGUUCGUGUUUGCUGCUCCGGUUCUGAAAGCAUUAGGACAGGACCACAGCAUUGCGGACAUGGCAGGGGAUGUUGCUCCCUGGUUCAUCGCUGUCGUCUUCUUGUAUGGUGCAAUGUACGGCUGCAAUGCCUAUCUGCAGUCUCAGAGCAAGAACUUCAUCUUGUCAUGCUAUGCAAUUGUCUCCUUGCUCGUGCACGUGCUCCUCUCGUGGUUUCUGGUUGUGAAGUUGGAGUUUGGCGUUUCUGGAGUCAUGUCAUCCACUUGUUUGGCUUUCUUGAUCAUGAAUUUAGGCCAACUUUUGUAUAUGGUGGUCGGAGGCUGCAGAGAGACGUGGAGAGGCUUCACGGCCUAA